GAACCACGCAUGCGCCAGUCUCUACCCAACUUGCGCGGGAGUGAGUCGCGCGCUGUCUCAUCCGACCAAUCACGUGAACGUAUUUUUGAAAAACACAUUUCUAAGUGCUAGUGUUGUGAAUUGUUCUACACAUCAAUUUUGAAUGAUAACCUGUGUGUGUGUUUGUGUGUGUGUCAUCAAAUUUGGAUAUUUUAGAGCUAUCGACACAAAAAUUCUAAAGGAUUAUUUUCGAUUACUCUUGACAGAGCCACCGAAAAUGUCUUCAUGACUGUACCCAGUGGGACGAGAUAACAACAGUAGAGGAUAGCAGUUACGUAUGAGGUGAUAACCAUGGAAGGUUCAUCAUCAGACUACAGUGAUGAGGAGGUGGGAGUCCUAGCGCGGGGUCAGAAGCUGUGGGUGCGAGGAGUGAGGUCGCACACCACUUGUGCUGACAUCGUGAGGGCAUUGCAAGACGCUCCUGAAGCUGGAGGUGGUGUCAGCGAACAAGGCCAGUGGGUGCUGGCUGAGAGGUGGCGAGGAGUAGAAAGGCCACUACCACCUGACGUUCCAGUACUCCAUGUCCUCGCCGCUUGGGGAGACGCUAGGCAUGAGGUACGCUUAGCCCUUCGUCGCGUCUCCUCUGGGGGUGAAGAUGACUCUGGUCGUGACAGUGACGGGGGAAGCAGAGGUGGGGCGAGGCGACGGAGAAGGCGGGGCAUGCGAGCAGCCACGCCCCCUCCACGAGCCAGGAGUGAGGACCCAGCAGCCAGGCUCGUGUCGGUCAUACAGCAUCAGAGCAGAACUAUACACCAACAGCUUGAUAAGUUAAGAGAACAAGAAAAACUCAUCGACCACCUAGAAGACCAGACCCACAAAAACCGCAUGGAGAAGCAUGGCACGAACUACCUGCUGGAAUCCUACCUACGAGACCUGGGCAGGUGCAGCGAGGUCAACGACAGUCAAGCUGGGAACAGCGACAGUGGAGUAGGAGUAGGCAGUGGAACCCCACCCAGACGACAUACGAAACACAAGUCCAGACGAGAACGACACUUAAUGAGAGAACACUACUUCACAAAAGAACUCACAGACAUCUGCCAAGUAAACUCCGAAAGACUCAUGCAAACGCAAAACGACACUGACUCUGAAGCAUCAGCCGACGAACUAUCAAGAAUAAGGGAAGAAAUCGAAAUGUUAGAAAAGCUAGCGAUAAUAAACAAAAGACUACACCGCGAAGAAGAAUUGGUAGUGAGACUAACAGCGAAGGUCAAAAGGUAUAUGGAUGAGAAUAAAGCUAACAGUUGUGAGAAUGUUUCACAAGUAACGAUGCUGCUUGAUAAAAUUGAGCAGGAGUUAAUGAGUACGGCUAAAGAGAUGCAAGAUAACGCUGUGGAAUUGGCAAAAGCUGACAAUGAAAUAGAACACAGAAUGAAACUUCUUGAUGAAUUGACAUUGGAGUUAGAAGAAGAGGAAUUGCAGAAUUCUAUUUUAGAGAGACAGUUAAAUGAAGCGUCGAGUCGUCAGCCCAUUUUACUCCAAGACAGUUACGUACCUGUUUUAGACCAAACUAACUUAGACCAACCUUUCAAUUGUGGGACCACGGGAUAUGUCCUAGAUACGUUGGUAUGACAUAGGUUUAAAAUCGGAAUUAUUGUCCCAAAGAUAUUAUUUUCAAAUUACCAUAUUGUUGUAACUAGUUGUAAGAUUAUUUUGGAAAUGUUAAUGAGAGAAGUACAUACAAAAAUUGGAGAUGACGAAGAAAAUUAGAGGCAUAAUGUAAAACAUUUUUGUUUUGAAACAAAAUGAAACCCGAUCAAAACGGAGAAUGUUGUACUGAAAUUAAUAAGUUAAAUAAAACAUAAAUUGCAAUCUUUACUUUAUUUAAGUGUUUAGAUUAAUUUACCUAUACAUAUUUACACGCAUGUAUCUGAUAUUUUAUAUUGUUAUAUUUAAGGUACAACGACAAUAAGUGGUGCUACUUACCUACCUAAUGUAAACCAAAAUUAGGACUCUUAAUAUAAGAAUAUUUUU